UCAUCGUCUGCUUUUUUUCCGCCAUUUUGAUAUUUUAACGAAACUGAACGAAGUGGGGAACGAUUUUUUGUUGUAAUUUAUAAAAAUGGAGAGAGAUUCGUCGACUAUAUGCCUGUUAGACGUCGAUGGAACGAUAACGAAGCCUCGGCAGAUUAUUACACCAACAAUGGAAGCUUUUUUACAAAAAUUAAAAGAUAAAGUUGUAAUUGGUUUAGUUGGAGGUUCAGAUAUAUCUAAAAUUGCUGAACAGAUGGGUGGCAUGGAUGUAAUUAAGAAGUAUGAAUAUGUUUUUGCUGAAAAUGGUCUUGUUGCAUAUAAAAAUGGUGAAUUAAUAGCCAAAGAGAGUAUAGCAAGUUAUUUAGGUGAAGAGAAGGUACAAAAGUUAAUUAACUUUUGUUUAGGAUACAUGUCAAAACUCAUUCUUCCAGUUAAAAGAGGAAAUUUUAUCGAAUUCCGAAAUGGCUUAAUUAACAUUUGUCCUGUUGGAAGAAGUUGUUCUCAGUCUGAAAGAGAACAGUUUGCUGAAUAUGACAAAAAGCAUAAAGUUCGUGAAGAAUUUGUUGAUGCAUUAUAUAAAGAAUUUAAUGGAAUGGAAUUAGUAUUUUCUAUAGGAGGACAAAUUAGUAUUGAUGCAUUUCCUCGAGGUUGGGAUAAAACCUAUUGUCUGCGGCAUCUAGCUAAGGAGAAGUACGAAGAAAUUCAUUUUUUCGGUGAUAAAACAGAUAAAGGCGGAAACGAUUUUGAAAUUUAUAAUGAUUCUAGGACAUACGGACACAGUGUAAAGAAUCCGGACGAUACUAAAGAAAAAUUAAAACAGUUAUUUUUCUCUUGAA